AUGAUCAAGGAAUAUGAUUAUCUGUUUAAGUUAGUGAUCGUGGGCAACUCAGGAGUUGGCAAAUCUUCUCUGCUCCUCAGAUUUUCAGAUGACACCUUUAGUGAUUCCUAUUUAACUACAAUCGGUGUAGAUUUUAGAUUUAAAACUCUCGAAAUAGAUGGCAAAAAAGUUAAACUCCAAAUCUGGGACACUGCUGGCCAAGAGAGAUUUAGAACCAUCACCAGUGCGUAUUACAAAGGUGCUGAUGGUAUCGUGUUGGUCUAUGAUGUUUGCUCCCUGGCUACCUUCGAGGAUAUUGACAAAUUCUGGAUCAAUGAGGUGGAUUCAUAUGCUGAAAAAAAUGUUGAAUUAUUAUUGCUGGGAAACAAAAGUGAUAUCGAGGAAAAAGUAGUAACUACACAAAAGGCCUUAGACUAUGCUGGCAUAAGGAAAAUGGCACACAUGGAAGUAAGUGCCAAGACUGCUGAUUAAGUGUCUAAAGCCUUCCUCUCCUUAGCUAGAAAAUUGAUUGCCAAAAAGGAUUCUCAAGGAUAAAAGGGCACAGGGCCUCAAAAGACUCAGCAAACACCCGGCUAGAAAAUUGGAUAACAGAGUGAAGAGAAUAAAAAAGAAAAAGAAGGAUGCUGUUGAAUGUAUAAAUAUAUUUGAAGUAUUUACUUAUUUUAAUAAUAUUUAUUAA